UAUCAGCUGAUACAUAUAGGCCAGAUGGGGGGCUGUUAUCAUCCAUCCAAAUGGCUAAUCACCGAUUCAAACACAAGAGAAUACUCCAGAAUCCAGUCCCAGAGGAAUCCAGCUCAUCGGUGAUCGAACAUCUCCUGGAUAACGUGGUGACGUUGCGCCAUUUCCGCUCGAUAUUUUCAUUCCCGCAUUGAUAUUUCACUCACUUUCAGGGCACACCUGCGUCCAAGGCUGUGAGGUCGUAGUCUUAUCAGUCUAAUAAAGGGUCAGAUAGUACAGGAGGUGUGGACUCAGUGUGAACCGAUACAAGAGCCCCUGUGACAUGACUGAAACACCACAGAUGACUCGGUGAGAGACUCAUGUGGACACAGUUUCUGCGCAAGAGCGCCCUCUGGCUUUCGGAUGUGGCAGCAUUUAACCCAAAUUUAGAUUCAGACCAAACCGAAGCUGAAAUAAGUAUGAAGAAACUCAUACGUAAAAACUCUCCAGUGGACGGCGUAAUGGAUAAAACUACACCAUCACAUAAAGAUGCUGACGACAUGAGUGUCAGCGAUAAAAAACAAGAGAAGGCUCUGAGCGUCGGGUUCUUUCAGCUGUUCCGCUUCGCCACAUGGAAGGAAAUCCUGAUGAUGGUUGUAGGAAGCGUUUGCUCUCUCGUCCACGGCGCCGCGGCUCCUCUCAUGCUGCUGGUCUACGGCAUGAUGACAAACACGUUUGUGUCGUAUGAGCUGGAGAUACAGGAACUGGCCGACCCCAACAAAAUGUGUGCCAACAACACAGUGACAUGGCUGAAUGGAUCUGUGGUGGAGAAGUUGGACAACAUCACCAUCUUCUGUGGUGUGGACAUCGAGUUUGAAAUGACCAUGUUUGCAUAUUACUAUGUCGGCAUUGGAGCCGCAGUCCUGAUCCUUAGUUACUUUCAGAUCGCUCUGUGGGUGUCGGCCGCAGCCAGCCAGAUUCAGCGAAUCAGAAAAAGGUACUUUAGGAAAAGCAUGCAAAUGGAGAUCGGCUGGUUUGACUGCAACUCCGUCGGCGAGCUGAACACGAGGAUAUCUGAUGACAUCAAUAAAAUCAACAAUGCCAUAGCAGACCAGGUGUCCAUCUUCAUCGAGAGGCUGUCCACGUUCAUCUUUGGUUUCCUGGUGGGAUUUAUUGGAGGAUGGAAGCUGACGCUGGUGGUGAUAGCAGUGAGUCCUCUCAUCGGAUUGGCUGCUGGACUCAUGGCUAUGGCCGUGGCGAGGCUGACGGGCCGGGAGUUGAAGGCGUACGCAAAAGCCGGAGCAGUCGCAGAUGAAGUUCUCUCAUCCAUCAGAACGGUGGCUGCAUUUGGAGGAGAGCAGAAAGAGACCGAGAGGUAUAAUAAGAAUCUGGUAGAAGCUCAGACGUGGGGUAUUAAGAAGGGAGUGAUCAUCGGAGUGUUUCAGGGAUACCUCUGGUGUAUUAUAUUCCUGUGUUACGCUCUGGCUUUCUGGUACGGAUCCAAACUGGUCAUUGAAACCCAAGAGCUCUCACCCGGCAGUCUCGUCCAGGUGUUUUUUGGUGUUCUCAUGGGGGCUUUGAAUCUGGGCCAAGCGUCUCCGUGUCUCGAAGCCUUUGCUUCCGGUCGGGCUGCAGCCGAGAGCAUUUUUGACACAAUUGACAGGGAACCAGAAAUCGAUUGCUUCUCGGAGGACGGCCAUAAAUUAGACAAAGUUAAAGGUGACAUUGAAUUCCACAGCGUUGACUUCAACUAUCCCUCUCGACCUGAUGUGAAAAUAUUAAAUGAUUUAAACGUCGUGGUCAAAGCUGGCGAGACGACUGCAUUUGUGGGUUCGAGUGGAUCUGGAAAAAGCACAACCAUUCAACUCAUCCAGAGGUUCUAUGACCCAAAAGAAGGAAUGGUCACUCUGGAUGGUCAAGACAUCAGAAGUCUGAACAUCCAGUGGCUGCGUUCUCUUAUCGGUAUAGUGGAACAAGAGCCGGUUCUGUUUGCCACCACCAUCGCUGAGAACAUCCGAUACGGCCGUGAUGGAGUCACUAUGGAGGAGAUCAUACAGGCCUGCAAAGAAGCCAACGCUUACAACUUCAUCAUGGAUCUACCUCAGAAAUUUGACACAUUAGUGGGAGAGGGUGGAGGACAGAUGAGCGGAGGACAGAAGCAGAGGAUCGCCAUCGCUCGAGCGCUGGUCCGCAAUCCCAGAAUCCUCCUGUUGGACAUGGCCACGUCAGCGCUGGAUAAUGAAAGUGAAGCUAUAGUUCAAGAAGCCUUGGACCAGGCUCGACAGGGCAGAACAACCAUCAGUAUCGCACAUCGUCUGUCUACAAUCCGUAACGCUGAUGUGAUCGUGGGCUUCGAGCACGGGCGAGCUGUUGAGAGAGGCACACACCGUCAGCUCAUGGACAGAAAGGGAGUUUAUUUUACUCUAGUCACCCUCCAGAAUCAAGGCAACGAUUCAGCCAAUGAGAAAUCAGAGAACAUUUUUGAGGUCGUUUCUGAUGAAAAUGCGAUUGAGAAAGUGGGAAGCUUCAGCAGAGGAAGUUAUGAGAGAGUCUUAAGGCGCUCAUUGAAACGGAGAUCUCAGUCUCUGGUGUCUAACAGCAUCAGCGACCCCAUAUCUGGAAAAUUAAAAUUCCACUCGGAUCAUUUUGAAGUGGAGGAACCGGAUGUGAAAAAAGAGAAGAGCAAAGGUGCAUCAAAAGACGACAUCGCACCGGCGGCUGUCACACGGAUUCUGAAGUACAAUCGUCCCGAGUGGCCAUACAUGCUGAUGGGAUCGAUCGGUGCCGCCAUCAAUGGAUCUGUCAACCCUGUUUAUGCUCUCUUGUUCAGCCAAAUACUUGGGACGUUUUCCAUUCAAGAUCUGGAUGAACAGAGGAGACAGAUUGAUGGGAUUUGUAUUCUGUUUGCUCUCGUGGGAGUGAUCAGCUUCUUCUCACAGUUCUUACAGGGCUACGCAUUUGCUAAGUCAGGAGAACUGUUGACCAGUCGCUUGAGGAAGGUGGGCUUUCAGGCGAUGCUGAGACAAGAGAUCGGCUGGUUUGAUGACCCCAUGAAUAGCCCUGGUGCUCUGACCACCAGACUGGCUAGUGAUGCCUCUGUGGUGCAGGGGGCUACAGGUUCACAGAUCGGCAUGAUCGUAAACUCGCUGACAAACAUCGGAGCGUCCUUCAUCAUUGCCUAUUACUACAGCUGGAAACUGAGUCUGGUGGUCACCUGCUUUCUGCCUCUGAUCGGACUCUCUGGAGUCGUUCAGGCCAAAAUGUUGACGGGAUUUGCUAAUGAAGACAAGGAAGCUCUGGAGGCUGCUGGACAGGUGUCCAGUGAAGCUCUGAGUAACAUCAGGACCAUCGCUGGUUUAGCUAAAGAGAAGCAGUUUGUGUCUCAGUAUGAAUGUCAGCUGGAGGCUCCGUAUGAAGCAGCAAAGAAGAAAGCUCAUGUUUAUGGGAUCUGUUUCGCCUUCGCCCAGUGUGUCAUAUUCAUGGCCUACGCUGCUUCUUUCAGAUACGGUGGAUUUCUGGUGAAUAAUGAAGGCCUUUCGUACAUGAUUGUGUUCAGAGUGAUUUCAGCUCUGGUGAUCAGUGGCACAGCUCUCGGGAGAGCUUCAUCUUUCACACCCGAUUACGUUAAGGCCAAGAUCGCUGCGGCUCAGAUGUUCAAACUACUGGACAGAAUCCCCAAAAUAAGCAUCAGCGACACAGAUGGACAACGAUGGGAGGAUUUUAAGGGUAAAGUGGAAUUUAAAGGCUGCAGGUUCACGUAUCCCAGCAGGCCGGACAUCCAGGUGUUGAGAGGACUGAAUGUGUCGGUCAGUCCGGGUCAGACUCUUGCGUUUGUGGGCAGCAGUGGAUGUGGAAAAAGCACCAGCGUUCAGCUCAUGCAACGAUUCUACGAUCCAGAUGAAGGUGAAGUGCUGAUUGACGGACGUCCAUCUGACAGUAUCAGCGUGCCCUUCCUGAGGUCUCAGAUUGGUAUCGUAUCCCAGGAGCCUGCGCUGUUUGACUGCAGUAUAGCAGAAAACAUUCGGUACGGGGAUCAUUCUCGACCCGUCAGUGUGGAGGAGAUUGUCGAAGCUUCUAAAAAGGCAUAUCUGCAUGAUUUUGUGAUGACGCUGCCUGAUAAAUAUGAAACUCAGGUCGGCGCUCAGGGCUCUCAGCUGUCCCGUGGACAAAAGCAGCGUAUAGCCAUCGCCCGGGCCAUCGUAAGAAACCCCAAGAUUCUGCUGCUGGAUGAAGCCACAUCUGCAUUAGAUACUGAGAGCGAGAAGACUGUUCAGGCGGCACUGGACGAGGCUCGACAGGGACGCACGUGUAUCGUCAUCGCUCACAGACUCUCCACCAUUCAGACGGCUGACAUCAUUGCCGUGAUGUCACAGGGCCUGGUCAUCGAACAAGGAAGUCACGAAGAGCUGAUGGCCAAGAAAGGGGCUUAUUAUAAACUCGUGACAACAGGGGCAACUAUCAGUUAAACAUAAACCAAGCGUCACCAAACCAUUUCAGACACUCCCUCCUCCUGCCACUCCAACAAUUCUAUUUAUCGCUGCUCGUGUUUUAAUGCAGCAGACAUCAUGAACGAGUAAUAGUUUCGUUUGAUGAGUAUUUCUUGAGAAGUGCUUUUUCAUCAGCCAGGAUAACGUCCUUCAUUAACUUUAUUAUUAUUAUGAUGUGUUUUAUAUUGCACUUUUAUGCGCAGUUCAGGAGUGGUUCAUGAUCCUGGAUGACCUCUAUACUGAAUAUAUUUUUAAAGAAGAAACUGAAUCAAAUAUUUGAAUUGUUAUGAGAAUGGUGACAUCCAAAUGUUCAAAAGCGUUCUGUAAAGUUUGAGAAUGUUAUGUUCAUGCACUAAGCAGAUAUGCUGUCCUUGAACUGUUGUCAGGACUGAUAGCAUGUUCUUAAUCACUGAUAACUUAUUGUUUAGUUAAUGUUUGCUGAAGUGCCAACAAAACAUCAUUUUAAUGAUUUACAGCUUUCUUUUCCAUGUAAAAACUGCUUCAGGUGUCAUUUAUAGGCCAGUAUACAUGAUUCGCUAAAUACUUACAAAAAGUAAACAGUUUUCAUACAAUUAUGUUCUGCUUUAUAUGGUAAACCAAUGGAAAUACCUCAAUACGUGAAGCACCUGCAUCUUUUAAAGAGCUGAUGGCGAUGAACUGAAUGAGGUGGGUUGGGUUAAUAAAUCAAAAUGGGUGUUACGGGUUAUCUAGAGACUUCUUAAAGAGGCUCUGAGACUGUGGCUUUCAGUAUGGGAGGAGGAAGGAGAUUGUUUGUAGGCUGUUGUUGGUGUGAAAGAAACUGAGAGAACUAUACGAUGGAGAUUUGGGAGUGGGGAGGAAAAAGAAAACGAAUGGGAUGUGGUUUUCUCUUCAUUCUUAUAGGGAUGAAUUGUGCUGGGAUGGUGCUGUUCUUGUCCUUGUGGCCAUUUUUCCUCCAUCGCAAAGAUAAGAUAAACGAGAUAAAACUAGACUAGUGUGUGGUAUUCCAUCUAAAAAGAUGGUUGUAGUGGGUUAAAGUGACAGUUCACCCAAAAAUGAUCAUUCUGUCGUCCUUUACUCACCCUCGUGUAACUUCAUAUCUGUAUGAAUUACUUUGUUUUGGUGAACACAGAGAAAGAUAUUUGGAAGAAUGUUAGUAAUUUUCAGUUUCCGGGACAUCAUUCACUACCAUACACUGUAAAAGUGUUCUGUUGUUUUUUUUUACAGAUUUUCCUCAUAAAAUGUCAAAAACCGAACAGAUUUUUAAUCUUGUGUCAUUUUUAGAAAUACAGUCAAAAACCGUAAAAUUACAAUUUUUUGCAAAUUUACAAGAAAAACGGGGGACCCUGUAAUUUUACAGAGAAACCCCGUUUUUUACAGUUUAUUUUUGAAAUACAGCCCAAAACUAUAAAACUACAGAACAAGACAACACAAUUACAAGAAAAAUGUAUAUUUAAUAUAUAUCCUUGAAUCCUAUAAUUUUACAGA